AUGACGAGAAAUUGCUGUCUCCCCGGCUUCUAUUGGAAUAAAGAUUCAAAAGUCUGCACUGAGUGCAAAAGAGGUUUUUUCGGCCACGAUUGUUCUAAUCCCUGCAGAUAUCCGAACUAUGGGAAAAGAUGCCAAAAAGAAUGCAACUGUACAGAAGACUUUUGUGAUAUAGCAGUUGGAUGUCGAAGUUGUAAAGUCGGCUAUUAUGGCAAGACCUGUUCGAAUCAAUGUAGAUUUCCUAGCUAUGGAGAAAGAUGCCAAUUUUUGUGUAACUGUUCCGAGACAGCUUGUAAUCAUAUAAAUGGAUGUCAAUCAGGAACAGAACCCGGACUCCUGAAACCUCCAGAGAUCGAAUCAGAUGCUUACGAGGGGUAA